AUGAUGGGAGGCCAGAACUGCCACGCCGAGAUUAUCUUCGAAGACCAUGUCAAAUGGAUCGCACGCUUCCGUCUCGUGCAGACCUCAUCACCACCACAAGAAGUCCGGGACUGGGUUCUUCGAAGUGAAGCUGCAACUAUGGCCUAUCUUCAAGAGCACACGCCCAUACCCACGCCCAAAGUUUUUGACUGGGCGUGCGAAUCUGAUCCAAAGAAUCCCCUUGGAGUUGGCUACAUUUUGAUGGAAAAAUUGGAUGGAAAGCCGCUACACUGGCCAGAGAUGACUCCCGAGCAGAGAGAGAAGGUCAUGCAGCAGUUGGUUGGCAUAUUCCUUGAGAUUGAGAAGCACCCAUUCAAAGCUGUUGGAUCACUUGCCUACUCCGAGACAGGUACGAUAGAUAUCCAAGGGCUGGCGGAACCAUCAACCUUCCACCUAGGACAAGAUCCGCUGGGCCCGUUCGCUUCCUCGCUAGAGGGAGUAAGGGGUAUACUCAAGACUAUCCUUGGAAUGGUAGUUAGCGGCGAGAUUGAUAAUUCUCGUCCAGUCGACACUUAUCUCGUCCAUCGAUUCCGCUUAGACAUUGUUGAUACCCUCUACAACGAUAUGCAAUCGGACGGCCAGUUUUUCCUCAAGCACCCGGACGAUAAAGGCGACCAUAUAUUAGCCAAUGAAUCCUUUGAUAUCGUCGGAAUCAUAGACUGGGAAUGGACCCAGACUGUCUCUAAAGCAGAGGCCUUCAGUUCCCCGUGCAUGAUGUGGCCGGUGGGCGAGUUCUACAACGGCUCCAAUGAGCUCGAGCCGGACGAAUGGCGAUUCGCCGCCAUCUUUCGAGAAAAGGGCCGGGAGGAUCUUGCUAAGUGCGUUAUCGAGGGCAGAAAGGUUCAGAGGUUCUUCUUUAGUCUUGGGGUCGACAGCUCUUUUCUAAGAGAUGCGCAGGAACUCCAGGAUUUGUUUCUGGGGCUGCAGCGGGCUUUCAAUCCCGAGUACGAGGGGUGGGAGCAGUGGAAGAAACUCGCGCUUGAAAAAUGGAAGAAUGAUCCUUUGCUCCGCAACUUGUUGGAGCUAGAACAGAGUUAA